UGGGCAUCAAGUUUCUGCGCCUGUCUUGCUGUCCAGUGCCCGGCGCCGCAAAGAACCCUUUCCCUGAGGUGUCUGAGCUGCUAGCAAGUAGCAAAAGCUCCAGGAGGUGCAGGCUGUCCCGCGUGCCCACAGGUCUGCGUGUCAUUGGUUCCCAGCACCUCUUGAAGCCAGAGAGCAGGAGCAACCUGUGAGGACCCCCUGCAGGUCAGUGGCAAGGGGAGGCCUGGAGGAGACCCAGAAGGGUCGCUGGAGAAGGAAGGUCGUCUCACCAUGGAAACUCUGUACACUGAGGACGAAGGCAUGCCCUCCAACCAAGGAAUGACUGAAAGCAGACAGCCACAGGCUUCGGGAAAUCCAGAGGCAGCUGGUACUCCGGAAGACAAGGACAAACUCGGGAAUAAGGGAAAGACAGAAGUUAAGCAAAUGCUCCUGGAUAAGGGGAAGCCUGAGAGUGAGGGAAAGGCCAAGGAAGGGGAGCCGGGGAGUGAGGGAACCGCAAAAGAGAAGGGUUCCGCAAAGCUGGAGCCAGAGCCCAGGGCUGCAGAAAAGCGCCCGGCCGAGGACGAUGUACCCAGGAAAGCCAAAAGAAAAACCAACAAGGGGCUGGCUCAGUAUCUCAAGGAGUACAAAGAGUCCAUACACAAUAUGAAUUUCAGCAAUGAGGACAUGAUAAGAGAAUUCGACAACAUGGCUAGGGUGGAGGAUGAAAGGAGAAAAUGCAGACAGAAACUGGGAGCUUUUGUGUGGAUGCAAAAAAAUUUACAGGACCCCUUCUACCCAAGGGCCCCAACCGAUAUCAGGGGUGGCUGCAAGGCCCCACGAAGGGACCUUGAAGACAUUCCUUAUCUGUAGUGCCCCUGCAGGCAUUUGUCACAUCUUGUCUUUUAACCUUCCGCUAAUUCUUGGCUUUAGAUGUACUGUUACUCAAAUGCAGCACUCCUGUUUGCACGGCGAAUUUGCACCAUCGGCAUUACAAAGAUGUCAUGAUUCUUGGAAAAAUAAAGCAAAGAUGGCUCAAG